GAGAGACAUAAAUGAGAGAGAAGGACUGGGGUACCCUCUGAGAUUAUAUACUUCGACAAGAAAGCUAAGCUCUCAAGUUCAAAGCCCUUUUGAUCUUUUGCUGCUUUUCUUUGGGUUUAUGUCUCUUUCAUUUUCCAAGCUCUAUCUUUUCUUCAUAUAGAGUUUGGCCUAAGAAUCUCAAAGCCAAAGAGAAUUGAUCGAGGUAAACAGAGAAGAAGUGAAAUUCCUCUGUUUCUUCUAGUUAACUGAGCAACAAAAAAAAAUCAGGUUAACUGGUAGCUAGCUAGCUUUGUGUUGUUGUUAUUCAUGGCUUUCAUUUCUGCUACAUGUCCCGAUUCCAGCUUCUUCUUGGAGUACAAAGAUGAAAAUGGUCUGCUGAGAAAGUCUUGCAUGGCGGCGAGUCACAGAGUUGUUGGAGAUACAGGUCUUUCAGACUCGGGUCCUUCUUCUUCGAAUCACCAUGUUCCUUAUGCUACUGUUCUUCAUGGAAUUAAUGCUCCUUCCACAAGUUUCCUAAAUCAAGAAGGAUCUACUUUUGAUUUUGGAGAGCUAGAAGAAGCAAUUGCUCGUCAAGUUAGAAAUGAAGAAGCUCAAGCACCUUUAUUCACAGGAAGACCUGCAGCAACUCUGGAAAUGUUCCCUUCUUGGCCAAUGAGAUACCACCAAACCCCAAGAGGGAGUUCAAAGUCAGCAGGAGGGGAGAGCACAGACUCAGGAUCACAGGUGAACACCACCACUCUUACAAGCAAAGGAGAUCAGACCCAGGUGGAGCCAGAAUCCCCCAUAAGUAAAUUAGCAUCUUCUUCAAACCAUCAUCAUCAUCAGCACCAGGCUUUGGAUCAGAAUCAUCUACAGUUCCAGCAGCAGCUACAGCAAGACAUGGCAAUUAGUGACACCACAAGAGCUACUACAGUAGCAACAGGAGCAGCAGAAGCAUCAAAAGGCCAGUCAGCUCCAAAACCAAAUCAUGAAAAGAGGAAGGGAGCUGGUUCUACCUCAGAGAACAGACAGCUUGAUGCUAAGACUCUGAGGCGCUUAGCUCAAAAUCGAGAAGCUGCGAGAAAGAGCCGCCUGAGGAAAAAGGCUUAUGUGCAACAGCUAGAAUCAAGUAGGAUCAAGCUCACACAGCUUGAACAAGAUCUUCAAAGAGCUCGUGCUCAGGGAUUGUUGAUGGGUGGCUGUGGCGGUGGAUUUGGCAAUAUCAGCUCAGCUGCUGCAAUAUUUGAUAUGGAAUAUGCAAGAUGGCUAGAAGACGACCACCGUCACAUGUCGGAGUUGCGAACCGGACUGCAGGCACAUUUGUCGGACAACGAUCUCCGAAUCGUUGUGGAUGGCUACAUUUCUCAUUAUGAUGAGAUUUUCCAGCUCAAAGGAGUGGCUGCUAAGUCUGAUGUGUUCCAUCUCAUAACUGGGUUGUGGGCGUCUCAAGCUGAGCGUUGCUUCCUCUGGAUGGGUGGCUUUAGACCUUCUGACCUCAUCAAGAUGUUGACACAACAGUUAGACCCAAUAACUGAACAGCAAGUGAUGGGGAUAUGCAGCCUCCAACAUUCAUCACAACAGGCUGAAGAGGCUCUCACCCAAGGCCUAGACCAGCUUCAUCAGUCUCUCAUCGACACCAUCGCCGGUGGACCAGUCAUAGACGGCAUGCAACAGAUGGCCGUGGCUCUGGGCAAGCUCACUAAUCUUGAUGGCUUUGUUCGACAGGCUGAUAAUUUGAGACAGCAAACCCUUCACCAGCUGCGCCGGAUAUUGACAGUUCGCCAAGCAGCGCGGUGCUUUCUGGUAAUCGGCGAGUACUAUGGAAGAUUGAGAGCACUUAGUUCUCUUUGGGCAUCAAGACCACGAGAGAGCAUGAUGAGUGACGAUAACUCGUGCCAAACAACGACGGACUUGCAAAUGGUUCAUCAGCCUUCUCAAAAUCACUUCUCAUCCUUCUGAUCAUCAAUUAGUUAUGAUUCAAAAAUUAAGGAUGUAUGAAUGUACGUAUGUAGUAGCUAGCUAGCCAGCUAGAGAGAUCGAUCGAGAGAGCUAGCUGCCUCUCUCUCUCUGUAUUAUGGAAUGAAUUAAGUCUAUUGAUUUAAAAGAGAUAUUUAGGAC